UUUAUGAAGAAAUAAACAUAAACUUAAAGUAGAGAAUAAUAUUUAAUGAAAUUAGCAAAAAAAACGGAUUUAAAAGGCCCAUUUAAGGCAGAAAAAAAGGAUUUAGAUGAUGAUAUGGUUGAUCAUCAUAAAAAAUUAUCUAUUAAGGAGAAAGAACAUAAUAAUAAGGAUAUAUUUCAAGAAGAAGAAGGUCUAAAAGAAGAAUCUUUGGAAGAAGAAGUUUUGCUUUCAGAAAUUGAAUCUCUUAGUGAAUUUGAUGGACCAAUCCAUCAGAAACUAACUAUUAAUAACAAGGAGGCAUUAAAUACAGCAUUAGAAUCGAUUAUUAUUAGGAAUGUAGAGUUUAGUGAGAAUCAAGUAAUAACAUCAAAAGAAUCAAUUAAGAUUGAAAAUAUUCAUGAUGAUUUUUCAAGGGAAUUAGCAUUUUAUAAACAAGGACUUGAUGCAGCUAUACAAGGGCGUCAAGCUAUUCUUGAUAAGAAUGGAAUUUUUUCUCGUCCUUGUGAUUAUUUUGCAGAAAUGUUAAAAUCAGAUGAACAUAUGCAAAAGAUCAAGGAUAAACUAGUUGAAAAGGAAGCGGAAAAGAAAGCAAUAGAAUCAGCAAAACGGCAACGUGAACUGAAAAAAAUAGGAAAAAAGGUACAGAUAGAGAAAAUUAAUCAACGUCAUCAAGAAAAGAAAGAAAUGUUAGAUAAAAUUAAAAAUCUUAGAAAAAAAAGAAAAUAUGAUCAAGAGUUUACAACAGAUGAUGAUUUUGAUGUUGAAUUGGAAAAAAUAGAUUCAGAUUCUAAAAGACAAAAAACAAAUAAAAGACAAAAAACAAGUAAACGACAAAGAAAAGAUAAAAAUUAUGGUUUUGGAGGCAAAAAGAAAUAUAAAAAAUCUAAUAAUACAAAAAGUACAAACAUGUUUGAAUUUUCAGCUAAAAAAAUGAAACAACCUUACGAAAAUUAUUCAAAUAUACAAAAGAAAUAUAAAAAAUAGAGAAUACUACAUUUAAUAUUUAUUAAUUAAUACUAUAU